CGCGGGCAGCCGGGGCACUGCAUAUGAGGGAGGCGGGCGCCGGUCCCAGCCCCGGGGGAUCGGGAGGGAGUGCGUCCCUGGAGUGGUCUGCCCCAGCCGGGUGCCUGUGUGGCCGCCGCAGGCUCACCCUGCCUGCACGUGCAGGGAGGUGGCGAGGUGCCCCCGGGGGCUGUGUCUCCGCAGGGGGGCCCUGAGUGCCGGCUGCACCGCCGCCCCCAUGAGCGCACCUGGGGGUACCCGCUCACCGGGCUGAGCCGCCACUGGGGUCUGGAGCUGCCGGGCGCCAUGCACUGGGCUUGGGCGGCCGCUGCUGUGGCCCUCGGGCUGCAGCUCUCGCUCCUGGGGGCCGUUGGGGCGCGGCGGAAGCCCAAGAGGCCUCAGCAGCCCGGCCAGCGCACUGAGCCCCCCACCGCCACCACGUCCCACAGCGAGGGGCUGCUGGGCUCCCCCAAGCCACCUGAGGGCCUAGGGUCUGAGUUCUCAGACGCCCACAUGACCUGGCUGAACUUCGUCCGGCGUCCACACGAUGGGGCCUCCAAGAAACGGGGCCGGGGCCAGGACAAGAAGUCGCGAGGCCUCUCUGGCCCCCCUGGGCCGCCCGGGCCGCCCGGGCCCCCCGGGCCCCCCGGUGCCACAGUCACCCAGGAAGCCCUGCUGCGAGAGUUUCAGGAGAUGCUGAAAGAGGCCACUGAGCGCCUGUUCUUGGGGCUGCUGGGCCCAUCGCUGCCUGAGGGGACAGGGCGGCUGGUGGCCGAGGCCUUCCACUGCGCCCUGAAGGGCCCCCUGGUGGUGGACGAGAAGACGCUGGUGGAGCUGCAUGGCUUCCAGGCUCCCACGGCCCAGGGCGCCUUCCUGCGGGGGUCUGGCUUGAGCCUGGCCUCAGGCCGGUUCACAGCCCCAUUGACCGCCAUCUUCCAGUUCUCCGCCAGCCUGCACGUGGACCACAGGGAGCCGCAGGGCAGGGCGAGGGUGCGGGCUCGAGACACCGUGCGAGUGCUUGUCUGCAUCGAGUCCCUGUGUCAUCGACACGCGUCCCUGGAGGCCAUCUCGGGCCUGGAGAGCCGCGGCAGAGUCUUCACCGUGCACGUAGAGGGGCUGCUGGAGCUGCAGGCUGGACAGUAUGCCUCCGUCUUCGUGGACAACGGCUCUGGGACAACCCUCACCAUCCAGAGUGGCUCCAGCUUCUCCGGCCUGCUCCUGGGCACGUGAGGGCCAGACAGGGGGCCCACGGGGCCCACCCACCCCCACUGUCCACUGUUAAAUCUGUGGUCCCAGCAAUAAAGAGCUCUCA